UGCGUCGCCUUGAGCUGUAUGUUGCUCGGCUGUCCGCACGCUGAAAUUUUCCAUGUAGGAUGAUGGACCGUGGGUCUAUCUAUACGAUGUCAGCAAGGCACUUGUCGCUGCCGGCGCUGUGGGCACUUUUUUCUUCAACGGGAAUAACUGUAAAUUGGCCCUUCUGCGCACAUACUUCCGCGUUUGAAUCUGAUCUUCUUCGGUUACAUAGACGCGUGCAUUUACGACGCUGACGAGCAGAAACGCGUCAAGUACGCCUAUGACCACGGCCACAUGAUUGGCUCGCACACCUGGGCGCAUUUGGAUCUGUCGACGCUCACUUGGGACCAGAGUCAGUUUUUGUCUUAUCUUUCUGUUGUUAGGUAUCCAACUCAUCGUUCCAGUCCACGAUGAGAUGUGGCGCGUCGAACUCGCUUUGUCCCGGAUUAUCGGCGUCACACCCGCAUUCAUGAGACCGCCUUACGGGAACUACAACGAUCUCGUUCGGGAAGCUGCCUUCAUCCGAAACCAAAGCCUAGUUAUCUGGGACUUUGAUUCUGGGGACUCCACGGGAUCCACCGUCACGCAGAGCGAAGCUGUCUACGACCAGGUCGUUGCCGCGCAUCCGAGCAACAUCCUUGCCCUCAACCACGAGACUUACG